AUGUCUGAAGAUCCGUCCUUCGACGCGGACACCGACCCCGAAUCAGCGAUGCGCCAGAUGAUGGGAUUUGCUUCCUUCUCAACCCGCCGGCCACGCGAACAGCCAAAGGUGGCCUUCCCGGUGGAAUCACGGAGCUUGACCGCGCAAUCGCACCAGCCUCAGUCAAACUCGACAUCCACUUCAGCUGCAACAGAACACCACAACGCCCUUGGCAGUGCCAAUUCCGAUUCAGAUACCGCUCGACCUUUGCCUGUUACUGUGCUUGAGACGGUAUCUAAUGACUCCAUACCACCAACUCCCCUUCAGCCGAGGGAACAACUCGCCUACAUGUUCACAAACCCAGCUACGAAUAGGUUUUAUACCCGCACCGAUCUCAACGACUGGGCCCAAGGCAAAGUCAAUGCGAGAGGGGACAUGGUCUACUUCAAACCGGCAUUUAUCUCUGACGAUCCAUGGGCGAGACUCAGGCCAAAGGAAAACGGGCAGGCCAACAGGGGACGAGCAAGCGCCGGAAUAGUGUCCUAA